AUGGCCCGAAUUUCUCUCACUUCCGUGAUUUGUGGGCUUUUGUUACUUGGCUACAGUGUGGCUGAUGGAGACCCUGCUUUCAAUAUCGUCGGCGGUGGAGCUUCGUUACGGCGGAGGCAGUACGGUGCCAUGGGUCACGGGGCAUAUGGCAUGUUCGAUGGAGCGGAGUAUAGGUGGCAUCAGAUCUAUGAUGGCACAUGGGUCGGCGUGGAGCCGAGUGAAUGGGACGACGCCAUCCACGUUCAGAACAACGCACCGCCUCCCUGGAGUGGAUAUACAACAGAGGCCAUCACCACCAAUUCUACCCUGGCGGAAAGAGAUCUGAUUGCCAACAUCUGCAACGCUGGUAACACUUGCCUGGCCGCAACUCAGAACACAGUCUAUAAUAUUGCGACCGCUGCCACGCAAUUCUUUACCAAUCUUGCUCAGACGCAGACAGGAGAAGCCGUGCUCAAUCUCUUGUCCAAGCCACUGGUUCAGAAGGUCGCUAUUGAUGGAGCCGUCAAUGGUGGGGUUUCAGGCUUGGUAGGAGCACUGGUUCAGAAAGCCCUGGGCAACAACGGGCCCCCAACACUUACCGCUGGAGUGAGCGAGACCUCUGUCUGCUCGACGGAGAAGGACCCGUUGGAUGCGGUCGUUCUGCUGCUCCAACAGCAAGCCACCCAGUUUGCGCAAAUGAACUCGGCUCUGAAUUCAAUCGCCCAAGAGCUCAACGCGAUCAAGAUGUCGAUUGGGAGUGCAACCAACAGUCAAGAUUUCAUCACCGUCACGGUGGCCACCAUCGAAUGUGGGCAAACCCCGAAUACUAACCUCAUCGGUAAUUGUGAUAUUGCUUUGAACACUUGCUAA